GAUUGGAAGCACACAGUCCAUCGCUGCUUUUCUCAUUCUGUCCUCUGACACAACAGAGGCAACAUGAGGCCUUGGGCCGUCCUGCUGCUCGCUCUGCUGGCUCAGACCUUUGCUGCAGAUGAGUCUUGUAUGGGUCGCUGUGAGAACGGCUUUGACUCUCAGAGGAAGUGCCAGUGUGACUCCAUGUGCAAAUAUUACAGGAGCUGCUGCUCUGACUUUGAGGCCACCUGUGGUAUGAUGACUCGUGGAGACACGUUUGUGUUUGCAGACGAUGACGACGACGAGCUGUUUGAAGGCACCACUCCAUCCUCCUCUCCAGCCAUCAGGGGCCAGCUGAAGCCCACACAGGAGCCCGCCUUAGACUUCGGCCACAGACUGCAGGAUGAAACCAUUCUGGAAAUGACCAAACCCCCUCGACGGAUGGAUACCGCAAUUCAGAAAAUCCCUGAUCUGCAGAUGACACCCAUUUCACAGACAGUCCUACCUCUUCCUCUACAGGAAGUCCCCAGCACGACCGAGCCCCCUCAGACUGAUGCAGCAGCUGAGACGACCACUGUUCCCAUCACAGCAGGCACCACUGAAGCCCCCGACCCAGACGCCAUGGUCUGCAGCGGGAGGCCUUUUGACUCCUUCAUGCAACUAAAAAAUGGCUCCAUGUUUGCCUUCAGAGGGGAGUACUUUUUCGAACUAGACCAGAAAUCAGUUCUUCCUGGUUAUCCAAAGCUCAUCAAGGACGUGUGGGGCAUCAGUGGGCCUAUUGAUGCUGCCUUCACCCGCGUCAACUGUCAAGGGAAGACUUACAUCUUCAAGGGGAACAAGUACUGGAGGUUUGAUAACGGCGUGCUGGAUGAAGACUACCCUCGAGAUAUCAGCGUGGGCUUUGACAAAAUUCCUGAUCACGUGGACGCAGCGUUUGCUCUGCCUGCUCCUGGUCACAAUGGAAGAGAGAAGGUCUAUUUUUUCAAAGGCGAUCAGUAUUACACAUAUGAGUUUUUGCACCAGCCGUCCCACGAGGAGUGCAUCGCCAUGUCCGAGAGGUCUCCGUCCACACUGUUCAGGCGCUACACUGACGUAUACUACAACAACUAUGAACGCUUCCUCAGCGAGCUCUUCUCUGGCUUGCCCCAGCAUCAUGACAAGCACCACUUCAUUGACAAGGACUGGAGGGGCCUCAAGUCUCCGGUGGAUGCUGUCAUGACAGGCAGAAUGUACGUCCCCCCCUGGAGGUCCACACGACGCCGCAACGACUAUUGGCCUGACCAGCAGUGGAGUCAGCAGCAAGGCCAGCAGUGGGGUCAGCAGUAUGGACAGCAGUGGGGUCAGCAGUGGGGUCAGCAGUAUGGACAGCAGUGGGGUCGUAGGAGGCAAAGCCGUUCACCUUCUUGGGGGUCCAUGGCCGAGCGGGGGAUGAACAUGGGCCAGGAGUUUGCAGAAAGGGGGAUGGAAAUGGGUCUGAGGCUGGCAGAGAAGAGGAUGGAAAUGGAGGAGAGGCUCAGAGACUUGAACAGACGGUGGGAUCAGGACUGGGACCAGGACAGAAGAAGAGAUGGUUACCGCCAGAACAACAGAGGCAACUAUGACUCCAGGAGUGACAGGUUGUACUGGGAGUCCGUCCAGAGGGAUCUGCCCAUACAGACCGUCUACUUCUUUAAAGAAGAUAAAUACUACAGAGUGGACCUCAGAACCAAGAGGGUCGACCCUGCCAUGCCUCCGUACCCCAGAUCCAUCGCCAAAUACUGGCUCGGCUGUUCAGACACCAGCGGGGCAGAGAAGUAGCUGCGACUAGUUUGUUUUAAUACGGUCAUUUGGACUCAGUUUGUAUGUAACCGGUAAUUCAUUUAAACUGAAACUGGCAGUAAAAAGUGUGUCAGACAUGCCCAGUGUAAUACAUAACAAGCUGCUCGUCAACUUCCGCAAAUAUUGGAGAUCAAUGAGAGUCCACACACACACACACAUUGCUUAUCAUGACUAAAGUUCAGCUGGUUGAUUUUCUGAACUCUUCUUUCUCAUCUAUUGUCAACAUAAACUGACCUGACUUAUCAAACACAACUACACUGAGAAGAGGCUCCAUUUUUAUUGCUGCUUGAUUCUUCUACUCCAACUACAAUGUGGAGGGAACUUUUUACUCCAUUGCUUUUAUCAGAAUACUAUAAAUACAGCUUACUUCAUGAUUUUACAUACAAUAUAUACAAUCUAUAUCAACUCAUAAUGCUAUACUUUUGAUACAUUUUGCUGAUAGUACUUUUGUACUCAUUUUGAAUGCAGGACCUUUACUUGUAAUUGAGUAUUUUUGCAGAGUGGUAUUGGUUAAAGAUAUGGGUACCUCUUCCACCACUGUGUUGCAAACAUUCAGGGAUCCACACAGACAGUCAUUCAGUGAUGCUAUCUACACAUUACAAAAUGUUUAUUUUCAUGAAUAAUUGUCAACAUGUAUACACUAAAUAUGAAAAUGUAAAACACUCAUGACAUGAUGGAGGUUUCAUGCUUUAACUCAUGACUUAUGGUCAUACACAUGUGCACUGGACAGCGAAUGAGAAGAAAAAACCCUAAAUUUGCAAUAAUGUAGCAGCAUCAGCAGCAUUGUGUGACUGUCACAGCAGACAGCCGGGUUCAUGCUCGAGGGCACUGAAUUUUAGUGUUUUUUCACAGAUUUCUACAGGCUGCACUGUGUGCUGUUCCACAGUGAGUCACACUUGAGUGCAUAUUCACAACUUGUUACCGUCUGUUCUUGUUUGUAUUUUCAUCCAAGGCAAGUAAAAGUAUCAGUCCAGCCCAGCAGCAGACUCAAAUCUUAUCCUCAGGUUUAAAUUCUGCCUGAUUUUGUUUGAAUAAAGAGUUAUUGUUGCUUUACUAUGAACAACAACUAUGAUAUUUUCAUGCCAUUGUUUUCUCUUGCCUUCCUGGAACAACCUGGAUGUUCAAAAUCAUUUCAUUUCAGUCUUUUUCUACAUUCACACUGCAGACACAAGAGGCCCAAACCAGUCCAAAUCUGUUUUUACGUGACUCGAAUCUGUUUGAGGUUUUUUAAGACGGUGUGAACAGCACGAAUCACAUGGAAUCUGAUCUUUUCAGUCAUGUGGGCCACUUUCAUAUGCGGUCCAAAAUCAGAUUUUUUGCAGCACGACCUCAGUCUGAACAGUCACAGUGGAAUUCAUGUGACUUUUACACUCGCUCGCCUAAACUGAGUGUCUUGUCAUGAGAGUCUUGUGGAG